CAAUUUGUAGUGGUGUGAGUCCACAUACCCACACAGUCACUCACACUCAGCCACGCUCUCUCUCUCUCUCUAAGAAAUUAGUAUUUGGCUUGGCAGUCAUUUCUACCUCAGUGCUGGGGGAGCAGGUGAAUUAAAGUGGGACGGUGAAAAGCAACAGGAGCACCAGUAGAGAGAAUACCAUUUUUUUUUCCCUGUGACCACCAAGAUAUACAAAUAAUACUUUAAGAAAAAAACUAAAAAAUUUUUUUUUUUAAUUAAAAAAAAAAAAAAAAAAAAGCCGCAAGAUCAAGGAAAAGUACUGGCAAGCGAGCACAUCCAAAAUCAACCCCAAAGAGCCAAAACAAAAUAUGAAAAGCAGUUUGUGCCAGAUCGCUCUUACAGUACUGAGCCUUUGUGAGGGACUACGGGCUGUUCCCUUGAAACCAAAAGUGGAAUUUGAUGACCUUCUAAACAUGGCUAUGCACCUUCUAAGAGAUACCAAACAAUCAUACCACAACUUUAAAGCCAAAUAUCCAUCAGAAGGAGAGCACAAACUGGACAGCCUGCCUGUAGUCUCAAUGAAUGCUGUAGAAAUCUCUAAUGUACAGAUACACACAAGCCUCCUGAAGCUAAGCACUGACCUCUUUAUAUAUCAGAAGCAUUUUGACUGGCUGAGAAAGGCAGCACAUGCCAUUCGCCCCAUGGACCACGAAUUUAACGGAAUUCACAAUCGCAUUGAAAAGCUGUUGAAAAAAAUUGAUCUCCUGAUGAUCAGGCACCAUAUGCCACGUGUCACGGAACCCGUUGCUCCACAGUUAUCUAACUCAACCACUCCAUGGGGGGUCAUUCAGAGCGGUCAUGCCAUUUUCCGUCAUUUCCACCUCUUCUUGGACUAUGCAACACGUGUUCUGGUUCUGAUGAAGAACAAGUUGUGAAAAAUGAACUUCACAAACCUCCACCCUUGAUGUUAUACUGCAGAACGGGCACAUAUUAUAAAAAAAAAAAAGCAUCAAACUUGAAUGCCUGAGGUAGGAACAAAAACCCAAGACUUUGGUCAGAAAAUCCCAAUACCGGGACAUUUUAGGACCUAUAGCCUUCUGCUGCCGUGAUACGGGCCAGAAGGGCACUGCGCCAGGACAAUACUUGCCUUCAGUUUUUUUAUGCAUAGAAUAGUGAUGUAGCACUUCUAUUUAUACUGCUGGCUAUUUAUUUAUUUAUUUAUUUUCUUAUGUUAUAUUUAAAUAGUGGGUGCUCGCUUUAAUUUUUAAUAAUGAUGAUGAAAACAAGAACAUUUUAUGUUUGUUUGUUUGUUUAGUGUACGAAUGCCCUGUCUUCAUUUUUUUUAAGGGUUGCUUCUUUCCAGCCCUAUAUUUGGGUGGAUUUUCAUGGGAAAAGCAUUCAAGACUGGAGUUUUCUUCCUGCUAUUUUUGUACUAUACAUUGAAAGGUCAUUUAAAUUAGAUAUGGGGGGGGAUAGAAAAGCGAUAUAACAUUAACUUCAAACAACACUGUGUGCCUUUCCACGUCCAUGAAAAGGUAGAACAUAUUUAUGGAAUUUCACACCUUUCUGAUGGUUCCCACGGGAGAGAGUGUAAAUGGUGGCUGAAUAUAAUUUUCUCAUAAUGUGGUUAGCAAACUUAAACUGGCAUAUUUAAAGUGAGCUGUUAAAGUAAACAAAAACAGAUAUUUGCUGGUCAUUUCCAUGCUACAGAAUAUUAGUAGGCUUAUGUUACAUAGACCUACUUGGACAGUUUCCCUUUCUCCAUUAAGUGAGGUUAGCUGGGCUAAUACACACUAACAAUAACAUAAGGUCUGGACUAUGUACAAAGAGGGUAGUCAAUGUACUAAAUAGCUGGGCAAAAAAUUUGAAAACGUGGUACAGAAAAGUGCUGAGUAAGGAAGAAGGUGGGCAUGGAAAAUAUACACAACACAGAAUAGCAAUCUUUGUCCCCAGUCAAAUUAAUCAGUACACACGUAUUGUUUCCUUUUUUUUUAAACAUGCAUGGUGGUCUAACUUUGCCUUGAUACCCAUCGCUCAGGGAUCCUUUUCUGGAUUAAGUCGCACUAAGUAACUGAUUGAGUCUAUAUUUAUUAAUGAUAAAAAAAAAUGUUUCAUAACUAAAACUAAGCACCAAAAUCCAAGACCUUUUACUAAAAAAUUUAUAGAGCAGCAUACUGGCUUUCAAUAUCCUCAUUGCUCUACGAUGAUACUGAUUGGCUGCAACAAGCUGUUGGACUGAAGCAAAUCAGAAUUAAUUAGGUUUGUGACUAAAAAGGAGCAAUGUUAUAUUCUCUUUACAUAAUGGCACCUGCCCCUCUGAAUUCUAUACUUUGCUGAUUAUAAAUGGUAACCAGUGGUUACAGAACUACAACUACUAGCAUCCCCUCACCAGUUAAAUACAAUAGUGUAUUUGAUCCUACCAAAAUCUUACUUUACUGUAUUAUGUGUCCCCCUUUCUUUAGAACCGUUCUAUGAUUUUCCUCUCUGUUUCUUUCUCCGUCUGUCUCACAUGGUCUGCUCUCAAUGGGUGUGACACAAAGCUGCCCAGCACUCAAUCCUUCCACUUAGAGAUGUGCCGAAAUAUUUUGCCUCCUUAUAACAAGCUGUUUUUUCUCAGCCAAGCUGUUUGACAGAUCUGCCGUUCCAUUGGUGCUUUAUAAAGCAAUGGGGACACCUUCUGACCGCUAUGGGAAUACCACAUCUGCCUUUUGCAUAGUGUCCUCAUUGACCCAAUUCGUUGAGCUUGCUUGUUUUACUUAAGUGCUGGAAAACUGUUAGCAAUGGGACUUCUACUUUUAAUGUAAACUAGGGCCUUCCAAUGCUCGUGGAAUUGUUUUGUUGACAGCAGCAGCUCAAAAAAAUCAUCUUGGCUCUUGCCAUAAAGUUUUGACCAAUUGCUAUGUUACGUAAACAGAAACAACAGGGAAAUUCAUUGCAGAAAUGUUUCAGGGGUUUUGUGCGUCUGUAAAACAAGGUGUUCUAUAUAAAUGUAAAUGAUUUAUUUAAAAGGACGUAAUGUCUAAAUAUAAAGGUAUAUUGUAUAGGACACUUGGCUCUCUGACGACUUUAGUUACAAUGCUUGCUUUACAUCUGGCACUUGGCUUUUGCUAAAUUACAGCUUUAAACUGUUUAAAUUGUAGUUCUGCAAAAGCUGUAAUGCCAAUGGCUGCCUGAGCCUCACAUAAUUAGUAUAUGAUGUUAAAGCAUAAAGCUUUAUCCAUUAACACAAAGUUAGAUGUAGUUUUGAAUGUGCUUUAUUGUGCAGAAAAGCUACACAGACUGACAAAUACACGUAUUUUUACAAGCCAACCAUCUUUACAUUCAUGGAAAUAGGCCAACCCUUAGAGCAAGAAAACAAAGACAUUUUAAGACACAUAUCUCCAGGGGUGAUCUGUGUCUAUUGCUGUCAUUCAGCAGGUCUGAGUGAUCAAAUAUGUGGUCAAACACAGAAGGGAGCACAGCCGAGAAACUAUGCUACACUGUCUGAGAAGCAGUUUAGACACCUACAGCAAAAAUUCUGUAGUCACUUUAUAUGUGUCUUCCUGAGCUGCUGCACUCCAUUGUUUUUGGCUACAUAUUACUGAACAGUCACUUAAUAUGCCCUGCUCAUUUAUUUUGCCCCUUAACACGGAGAUAGGGGAACACAGAUUUUUUUUUAUACCUUGUGGGAAAUGCAUUCCGAUUUAACAUUAUUUCAAUUUAGAUAAGAUUAUUAAGAUUGUAAUUAAAACCCAGGCACAAGCAACCACAUGGACUUCAUCUGUCAUAGAACUACAACCCCCCAGUACCUGUAUGUAUCUAACAAGCAGUGGAAGAUGUAGUGCUUCAAAUGCCUGCAGUCAUUGUAUGGUUAAUAACAAUGAACAAGCACCUCAGAUAUUUUACUCUCUGAUUCAUUACAGUGGUUAAUAUAUGUAAACUAGUGAUGCACCGAACCCAGGAUUCGGUUCGGGAUUCAGCCAGAAAGAAACAAGGAACAAGGAAGUUAAAAAUGUUUUCCCAUACGCAAAUUAGGAUUCAGGUUCGGUAUUCGGCCUAAUCUUUCGCAAAGGAUUCGGGGUUCAGCCGAAUCCAAAAUAGUGGAUUCAGUGCAUCCCUAAUGUAAACAGACCAAAUGCCUCGUAAAAAGGCUUUAUGGUGUAUUCUUACGUGUUAUUUAUACUUGUUGCUAAUUUAUUAAGAGAUAUGUCCCACUAUGUGCAAUCAUUAGACUUCUCACAGUUUAGGCAUCUUGUGAGACAAGGAGUCCUUCUGAAUCCUAUUGUAGUUACUUUUUUCAUGUAGUUGGAAUGUAGUAUGAAAUGCACCACAAACCUGUCUGCAAUGGCUCUACAGUGUACUCAGGUCAGACCCAGUUCCAUUUUGGUGUAAUAUCCUGUAAAAGAAAAAAAAAAUUUUUGUAUGAACUGAAAAUGGUAAUUUCAAAAGAGAUGGUGUCAUGUCUCUCCCACCAGUUCUAAAUCAUACCCUAACACUAAUAAAAAUGGAAACAUAAACCUCUGAUUUAUUAUCUAUUAUUUAUGCAGAACCAGUUCUUUAUGAAAUUACUGUUAUAGUUUUGGUUAAGACUGGGCCAUUUCAUGUUAAUGUGUUCUCAGAAUGAAUCGUAUUUCAGAGGCAAUUCAUUUAAACAUUUAGGAGCAAUGUAAUGAACAAAUGUACCAAUGACAAAUGCAUAAGGCUGCCUUAUAACCCGUAACUUAUAAUGUUGUACUUUACAAGCUUACUUUCACAACUGAAAUAACAUUGGAUAAGCUGAACAUGCUUAAAUGUAUGAUACAUGAACACAUAUCUUUAUAGUGAUUAUAGUGACAUACAUGUUAGAACUUUUAAGGUUUAACAUGUUGUUUAUGGCAAAGUGGAUUUUAAGGGUAUAAAUGGCUGAGCAUGCAGUUAAAACACUCACUGGAUUCCAGACAAGAGAAAAGAUGUAACAUUGAUGAUGUUAAAAUGUAUAAUAAUAAAUGAAACUAGUAGCAAGAA